CAGGAAGUUGUCGACCGGACUGUUUUUUGCGACCACCCGUCGUUUCUUGAUUGCGUAUUUUGUAGGAGGCUAGUCCUGUCUAUUGUGUUUAUCUGCUACUCUCCGCAGCGGAUUUGUUAAUGGAUACGACGUUAUCCGCAAAAAUUAUCACCCUGGACAUGGAUUGGAGAACAUCUUAAAUAUCAUUCUGCUGCGCACAGAUGCAAAUAUGAAUAAAGGGUGGCUAGAGCUCGAGAGCGAUCCCGGACUGUUCACUCUGCUGGUGGAAGAUUUUGGUGUAAAGGGGGUCCAGGUGGAGGAGAUCUAUGAUCUUCAAAGCAAGUGUCAGAGCCCAGUCUAUGGCUUCAUCUUCCUCUUCAAGUGGAUUGAGGAGCGUAGGUCCAGGAGGAAAGUUAACACUUUAGUGGAUGAGACGUCAGUCAUUGAUGAGGAAAUUGUAAAUGACAUGUUUUUUGCUCAUCAACUGAUACCAAAUUCAUGUGCCACCCAUGCUUUGCUGAGUGUUCUUCUGAACUGCAGUGGAGUUGAGCUUGGCACCACCCUUAGUCGCAUGAAAGCUUUUACAAAAGGCUUCAGUCCUGAAAGCAAAGGUUAUGCAAUAGGAAAUGCCCCAGAGCUUGCCAGAGCACACAACAGCCAUGCCAGACCGGAGCCUAGGCACUUGCCGGAGAAACAGAACGGGAUCAGUGCAGUGCGGACAAUGGAAGCCUUCCACUUUGUCAGCUAUGUGCCUAUCAAAGACCGCCUCUUUGAGCUUGAUGGGCUCAAGGCUUACCCCAUUGACCAUGGACCCUGGGGUGAGGAGGAGGAAUGGACUGAUAAGGCACGGCGCGUUAUUAUGGAGAGGAUUGGACUGGCCACUGCUGGUGAGCCAUACCAUGAUAUCCGCUUUAACCUGAUGGCAGUGGUGCCUGACCGCAGAAUGAAGUACGAGUCCAAACUGGAAAUAUUAAAAAGGAAUCGACAGACUGUGCUGGAGGGUCUGCAGAAGAUGAUCCGGCUCACCCAGCCCGAGCUCGUCCAUGACAAGAAACAGCAGGACUCUUCCGCUCCAGAUGAAAGCACGGCCGCAGUCAAGAAAGAAGCAGAUGUGGACCCAGUUACAUCCCAGGGAGCCGAUCAGGCAUCCUCAGAUGACUCAGGGGUUCAGUCCAAGGAUGUCUCUAACCCUUCAGGAAACACUAAGGUCAUGGGAAAACCACCAGUCCCCUCCGGAGGAGGUCCCCAGCAAGUCACUAGUUCCAAUCCCAUUGUUCAGCGUUUGCCUGCUUUUCUGGACAACCACAACUAUGCCAAGUCUCCAAUGCAGGAGGAGGAAGAUCUCGCAGCUGGUGUUGGUCGCUCUCGGAUGCCUGGCCCUCCUCAGCCCGCUUACUCAGAUGAUGAAGAUGACUAUGAUGAGGAGGAGGAAGAAAUGCCUGGUUCUGCAGGUCCUUCCAGCAGAUUUAGGCGGAAAGCAAGUCUGCGCUCAAGGACAGGACGGGUUGGGACUGGAAUGGAGAGCCAGAUUGCCCUUAGUGUUUUGGCUGAGAAACUGAAGAAGGAGGCCCAAAGAAAAGAUGCCCUGAACACACCUCUGUCUGUUCGCACCGAGGGUCGCACCGGGGGCAUUUGCAUCACAUCUGCUUCACAACCUUCCCCCACACCCAGCAAUGAGAGCACUGACACAGCCUCUGAGAUUGGCAGUGCAUUUAACUCCCCGCUGCGCUCUCCGGCUCGCUCCCAGGCUGCCACGCGCCCAUCCAGUCCAGUUGCAUCCCAUCUGUCUCGUGUACUGUUCGGAGAAGAUGAGAUGCUGAGGCUAGACUCCAGACAUAACCGUGCUGUACGAGAACUUGGCCCCUCUGUCAGUGUAGCCCUGCUACAUCUACAGGAGGAUGGAACUAUCUAUGCUCUCCCUCCAUCUGCAGAUUUGGCUGCUGAUGGCACAAAGCGGCCCUGCACUCCUGAGAAGUUAAAAGAGAAAGAGCAGGCAGACGGAAAAGAAGGUGUGAAAGGAGGAGAUGAGGGACCAUCUGCAGAGGUCAAGAAAGAAGAGGAGAGCACAGAUGGAGCUGAGAUGAAACCAGGCAAGGAAAAACUCAGCACUAUGGAAACUUCUGCAGACAGCAAGCCACCCGGGGAUAAGUAUUCACCCAAAGAGUUGCUUGCACUGCUCAAGUGUGUAGAGGCUGACAUUGCCAAUUACGAGGUGUAUCUAAAAGAAGAAGUAGAAAAGAGGAAGAAAUAUAAAAUUGAUGAUCAGAGGAGAACCCACAAUUAUGAUGAGUUUAUCUGCACCUUUAUAUCAAUGCUGGCCCAAGAAGGCAUGCUGGCCAGCCUUGUGGAGCAGAACAUAUCCGUGCGUCGGCGGCAGGGAGUGAGCAUUGGCCGUUUGCACAAACAGAGGAAGCCCGACAGAAGGAAACGCUCCCGACCUUAUAAAGCCAAACGCCAGUAAAUACGAACAAUCAAAACUUCUGAGAGCAGCAAGCAAUCACCACAGGGGGGAAAAUAAAAGCUGCACUCCUGAAACAUUCUCCUAAAGGUAGUUUAGUGCUGUAUUGUCUUUAUUUCUUUUAUCAGUUUUGUAUAUACUAUUUUAAACUCAGUGUGCUGUUUUCCAACUGUGCCAUUGCUAUAUACAGCCUCUAAUAAAGAAAAAAGGGCAUGUCCCAAGUGAAGUGGAAUGCUUCUUUUUUCUCUCUACAGUUUUGUGGUCAGUACUUUUUUGUUUUUGUUUGUUUUUGCUGUAUUUCUCUAAAAUUCUAUAUAUUACUAAACAUUUGUAACCAUAACUCAAUAUUUCCUCAGUUUUACCCCUCUUUUAUGUUUUUCCCAGUGCCAAUGAAGUAUUGAAUGUUUUGACAGCAAAGCCUGUGUUUUAUUCAUCCUCAGCACCUCAGCAUAGCCAGUAUAGUAAAUUCACUAUAUAACAAUAAAAAUAGACUUCUAAUCAAUAUGGACAGUUUUAAUAUCAACAAGACACAGUCGUCAGGCAGUGGCUGCAGCAACAAACUCUUAGACUGAUGCAUCAAGUUUUUCUCUUCACUGGAAUGUCUUUUCAACUGAAGGUCUCUGGUUAUUUAUGUAUAGUUUGUCUCCUGAGGUCCUGCAAAUCUAAAAAAAAAAAAAACCCAAACAGGUUAUUGUGUUAUUUUUGUAGCUGAAAUGGAUCUCAAAGUGAGUGAAGAUUAAGCUGAGUGUGUGUCGCUGUCUGUUUGUACAUAUGUAUCUGUUUAUUGGCUUGCCUAUACACUGAAGUCAGUUCUUUGUGCUUACCAGUUCAUACUACAAUAAAGUAAGA